AUGACUUCGGCCGUCCUCUUCUUCACUGCUGGCGCUGGUCUAAUUGUCUAUUUCCGCUACGAGAAGGAGCGUGUACAGCGCCAGCGCAUUGCCGAGCAAACAAAAGGUGUUGGCCGUCCCAAGGUUGGCGGAGAGUUUUCCCUCGUCGAUCAGAACGGCAACACGUUCACCAACGAAGAUAUGAAAGGGAAAUAUGCUCUGGUCUACUUUGGCUUCACACACUGCCCUGAUAUCUGCCCCGAGGAGCUGGACAAGAUGGCGGAAAUGAUCGACGAGGUCAAGAAGGUUGCCGGCAACACUCUACGCCCUGUCUUCAUUACUUGCGACCCCGCGCGCGACACGCCUGCUGUCAUGAAGGCGUACCUUAAAGAAUUCCAUCCCGACAUCAUUGGCUUGACGGGCACGUGGGAUGACAUCAAGGGCAUCUGCAAGAAAUACAGAGUCUACUUCUCGACGCCACCGGACGUCAAGCCUGGCCAGGAUUACCUCGUGGAUCACAGCAUUUAUUUUUACCUGAUGGACCCUGAAGGCGACUUUGUGGAGGCGUUGGGCAGGAACGAGCCUGCGCCACGGGCUGCUAAGAUUAUCAUCAAUCACAUCGGCGACUGGCGCGGCAAGUUGGAUCGUGAUUGA